GGAACAGAUUAUUGAAGUCCAGCUCCAUUUCAAAGGUAAAACAGCAACGACAGAUAAGGCGCACCAAAAAGCCUGGAAACAAGAAAACGGAAUAAGAGAAACAGAAAACGCCGACAACAAACGAGGCGCAAAAGACACGUACGAUCAAAACAGCAGACGCGACAUACCCGAACUAAAACGGAGAUAACCACCGCAAGCUCGACCCUUUACCGCACACACACCGGCCCGCACGCCAAUCCGAACACACCCACACAAACACAAACUGACCGACCGCCGGACUCGCGAAACGAAGGACAGAAAAAACGAAACCGACCAACCAGGAACGGGCACAGCCACGGCAAAGGAAGGCAAACAGACCACCGGACAAACGCGAGAAAACGACCCGAAAACCGGGAGAACACCCAAAACUAGAACGCCCGACAAAGGUGAACGCCCGACAAAACAGACCAAAAGCCCACGGGGAAGGAAGAGAAAGCAAGGCCACCACCCCCCGAAAAGAGGAACCGAGAAACAACGUCAAACACCCGAAACACGACAACAACGCGACACACAACGAAAACAGACACACAGGCACCAAGCACAAGGAGACGCCUGAACUACGGAAACCUAGACGACAGAAACCAACGGCCGUAGAACGAACAGAACAACAAUCAGAGAAAAGAACAAGACUAGAAGCCAUAAUGGCGCGAUACAAAAACGGACGCGACUCGCAUAGGGAGAGAAGCGCACAAAAACGAGAACGAACCAGGAAACGACCCAAGAACAAGCAAGACGGAACAACCACGCCCCGGAACACAGCACGAGCAAUGAAGAAAGAGACAGGGGGGGACCGGGCCCCGAGAACGGCUAUAAAUACGGGAAACGAGCUGCAGGAAGGAAACAGUAGACCCCCCGAGACAAGCGUGAAGACCGGCAACCAUGAGCUAACAACACCAGAGAACAAGAAGAGUCCCGAACUAUCGAAGAACAAUCGUACCAGAGGACUACCCGGAGACCAGGCUGACGCCCGCAGAAUGCGAGGACUUCAGGGACGCACUGGCAACAUGAGCAGGACGAUACAUGGAAGCAAGGACAGCGAAAGGGGCUCAGAUCCCACACCUAAGAUUCGAGGAAUUCCACAAAGGAAACGGGGGCAUAACAGUGACAUGCAAGACAACAUUCACGGCAGACUGGUUGGUGAAAGCAGCAAAGCAUAUAAAAAUGCCAAGCGGCGUCAAACUGAGGGUCGACGAAGGGACAACGCCCGGGGCCGAAACGUUAAGUUGAGAAGGUAUAGGAAAAAGCGUGUAAAAGUCGGGUGUUUUAAAGGGGCCCAGUGGCCCGCAGAGCGAAUAGGUCAUCUGCGCAGGCUCGAAACGCCGGACGGAAUGAAGGAGAGGUUCGUCCGGCACGGCCGAGCGAGACGCAGACAGAGAUAUACGGUAUGAAAGAGAGGAUACGUUUCUCUCACUCCCACCAGAGAUUUUUCGCAGCAUCGCUGGAGCGAACGAUAGAAACAUUUAAAAAAAUGAAGAAUGACGAUUGGCGAAGGAAGUAGGCUGAUGUAUACUUGAAAGCCCACCUUCGCAACGUCAUUCGUUAUCUCAAGCAUUUUAUCGCCCUGCUUUCUUUACGUUCAUUGACCACUUGUAGCGAAGCUAGGCAUGACUUUCGGCGAAUCUCCUGCUGGACCGAAAAAUAGGGAACGGCAAACGCUCGCAUUUUUUUGAAGGAGCAGGCGUGGGUGGGGUGGCUUCGCUGCAAGUGGUCCAUGAAAGUAAACAAAACAGAGCGAUGAAAUGCAUGACAUAGCGAAUGACGAGCGAGGGAGGGCUUUCAAGUAUUCAAAUCAGUCUACUUCCUUCGUCAAUCAUCAUUCUUCAUUUUUCAAAAUGCUUCUAUCGGUCGCCCUAUUGUAAUGACGAUAAAAUGCCAAUGCAAUUCCAUAAUGAACGACGAGGGAGGGCAGGAAUAUUUUUAGUUCAUAUUCCCGAGGAACAAGUUUCCUGAAAAAAGAAAAUUUUUAUUAUGCUCUUGAACAUGUACCACUUGUGUACCGUUCGAAAUUGUUAUUGCAGGAACACGUGCAAUGAAAAUAGCCAUUCGGAGUCGCAAGUAGGUUUCGGUUCCGAUGUGACGAAAGUGACAGGUAGAUUCGGCCACCCGCCAACAUCUGGCAACUAUAUAAACGACCGCGCGAGGAAAGGUUUUAUACCUGCACCUUUGCGAGAUGAUCACCACCACCCACAACGUUACCCUCACCAUAUAGUGUAUGGCAUCCGAUUCCUAUU